AUACCAAAUUCCCUCCUCCACCACAGUUACAAAAAUAUGAGAGCAGUGCAAACAAUCAGCUUCUCUCUUCCACCAAAGACAAAAAUAAAAUUACAUAUAGAAAGAAAUACUCCAUAUAGUAUUAAUAAAUAUAGCUCAACGUCUUUCAGACAAGAAACUUCUCUGAUUCAUUUUUCAUAUUUACUCCAAUUCAAUGCAAUGCCCUUGCGGAUCUUCUCCACUCCCUCUAUCCAAAUUCAAAGUAUUCAUUGCUUGUAAUUUCAAUUUCUCCGUUGCUUUCUGAAAUCGAUCUCGACUGCCGCAUUUCCCCUCCUCAUUUUUCGUGUUAUUUUUUCGGUUUUUCCUAUUUCCUUGGAAUCCAGCUGUUUCAGCUGAAAAUUGGUUAUUUUUGUAUAGAGAUUGCACUGACGUACGCUGUCGUUGUUCGAUAUUGACGAACUUUGACUUCGGAGGAGUUGUUUUUUUUUUUUUGGAAUAUCCUUUGUGUUUUUACUUUUUAGUAGGUUUUUUUAGGUUGAAUGAAAAGGUAAUUUGUAUUGAAUUAGGAUUUCUUGUUCCGCGUUCAUUUCUUUUUUUCCCGACUGUGUUAGCGUAGGUUUCAUUCUUGUGUUUCUUUUUCCAAACUUAUUAGUGCGUGUCUGCAUUAUUUGAUUUUAUUGAAUGGCAGUGGUUUUUCCUUUUGUGUAUUUUUAUGGUAAUUAGGCUUAUGUUUUUUUGGGUAGAGUAAUUAGGCUUAUGUUACUUUGUAUUCUGUUCCCCGAAAAAAGUCAGUUUCUCAGCUAGCGAGGCUAUUCUGAAGUUAGAAUAAAGCUUCUAAUUGGAGCACUGCGUGAAACUUGGAAACGAAUGUUAGCCAAGUAUGCCGAGCAUUACAGCUACGACGAAGAAAAUCACCACUCUCACUGUGGCUGUCAAAUGCCGGCCGCUGACUGCCAAAGAGCUUGGACGUGAUAUAGUAAGAGUGCAUAAUGACAAGGAAGUUCUUGUUUUAGACCCGGACCUUUCAAAGGAGUACCUAGAUCGCAUACAAAAUCGAACAAAGGAGCGGAGAUACACAUUUGAUUAUGCAUAUGGCACUAACUCUACCAAUUUGGAUGUAUACAAGAGAAGUAUACGUUGCACAAUUGCUGGCGUAGUCAACGGUCUCAAUGCAACUGUCUUUGCUUAUGGUUCCACUGGCAGCGGUAAAACAUAUACCAUGGUUGGAACUCGAGAUGAUCCAGGACUUAUGGUUCUCAGUUUAAAUACAAUUUUUAAUCUAAUGGAGAAAGACAAUAGCUCUGAUGACUUUGAAGUUACUUGUUCAUACCUUGAAGUCUACAAUGAGGUGAUCUACGACCUUCUAGAAAAGUCGUCAGGUCACUUGGAACUAAGGGAGGAUCCAGAACAAGGAAUAGUUGUUGCUGGUCUCAGAAGUAUCAAGGUGAAUUCAGCUGACAGAAUUCUUGAACUUCUGAAUUUGGGGAACAGCAGGCGAAAAACCGAAAGCACCGAGGUCAAUGCAACUUCCUCACGAUCCCACGCAGUUCUAGAGAUAACUGUGACAAGAAAACAACAAAAGAAAUAUCCAAACCAAGUUAUCAGAGGAAAACUUGCACUAGUAGAUCUUGCUGGAAGUGAACGGGCAUCUGAAACAAAUAGCGGGGGACAGAAACUGAGAGAUGGUGCUAAUAUAAACCGAUCCCUUCUUGCUUUGGCAAACUGCAUUAAUGCUUUGGGUAAACAACAGAAGAAGGGUCUGGCUUAUGUCCCGUACCGGAAUAGCAAGUUGACACGGAUUCUUAAAGAUGGUCUGAGUGGUAAUUCUCAAACAAUAAUGAUUGCCACCAUCUCACCAGCCGACAAUCAGUAUCACCAUACUGUCAAUACUCUGAAGUAUGCUGACCGAGCAAAGGAAAUUAAGACACAUAUCCAGAAAAAUGUAGGAACAAUAAAUGCUCACACAUCAGACUACCAGAAAAUGAUUGACAAUCUUCAGAGUGAGGUUAGCCGGUUGAGGAAUGAAUUAGCUGAAAAAGAGUCACAACUUAAUGCUAAGUCUACUGAAAAAGCAGCUGAUGAUGAAUUAUCACUGUUGAAUGCAUUGAGCCUGGAAACUAAUGAAAAUGUCCUGGAGAGGAUAAACUUACAGAAGGCUCUUAUUGAACUUGAAGAAACUAAUGUUCGGAAUCGCAAGGAACUCCAACACCUUGAUGAUGCUAUUGCAAAACAACAGGUGAUCGAGAGUGAUGGGCCUGUUGUGCAGGCGUUGCAAGCAAGGCGUCAAGUGAUUCUUGAUAACAUUCGUGAUAAUGAUGAGAUGGGUGUUAGUUAUCAGAAGGAAAUUGAAGCAAAUGAAAAGCGCAAGCGUCAACUGCAGGACCUGAUUGAUGAAGCCAUUAAAAAUAAUGGCAACAAAACAUAUUUGGGUAUUCUGAGUCAGUACAGACUGCUGGGAAUUACCAACACCGAACUUCAAUUUGAAAUGGCAAUAAGAGAUCAAAUCAUUUACAGCCAAAGAGAAGUGCAAAGAAAGCUCUGGGAUCUGCUAGCGAGCUUGGGGCUCGGUGAGAAACAAAUAGUUGAGCUUGGAGCAAAGCAAGGAAUGACUGUGGAUGACAUCAACAUGAUAACAUCAGGACCGUCCAACAUGACACAUUCCCCAAUUUUGAAGCAUGAAAAGCACAAUCCAUUAUAUCAUUCUACGUUUGAUGGUCAAUCUAGUUUUGUAUCACCUGGGUUUUUUCCUCAAGAACAGGAACUUGGAGUGAGAUCUUUCCCGAUGGAAAGUCAGAAGCUUACUCCUGCACUUUUCAGAGAGGAGCACCAUGCUUCAUACUAUUACAUUUCUCAUGGGCUGUCCCCAUCAAUCAAUCCACGCUGGUGCAACAAUCAGCCAGGUUCUUGUUUUGGUUCAGUCGAUCAACGGCCACAUGGAUCGAGAAAUUCUUUUCCGCAGAGGAGCAGCCAUGUCUCUCACUAUGAACAGAGUGGUGUUUCAAGUUUGUCUUUCAGUACCAACUUUAGGCAGCACCAACUGCAACAGGACGCAAUGUUGGUGGCUAAUACACCGCAAGUAAACAUAAAUUCAUAUGUUGGGAUUAACAGAAGAUGGGAUCCAUGCAAAGAUGUGGCAACGAGACAUCGUGGAGAGAUUUUCGGACAUUUUGUGGUGGAUCAAGUUGGGAAUGAGGUUAACUCUCAGCAUGGAUUCCGGAAAGCUACACUUGGUCCACAGAAAACUGUUGCAGGCAUACUUCCUUCCCAUAUCACUUCCAAGUUUAAGGGAGAGCAAUUCAAGUGUAAGUAAUAUAGAUCCUCUAUUCGUUCAUUUUUUUGUACUUCAUUUUUUCUGUCAUGUGUUCCUACCCUCCCCACCCCUCCCCUCCUCUCCCCUCCAAGUGUACAUGUACUAGAAUUAGUUGGCAUUGUUCAAGCCCAAUGUAAUCUGCUCAAUUCUUUGUAGUUCAAUUCUUUUUGUUAGUGGGGCUUGUACCUAGACAUACGAUUUUGUUCAAUAGUUGGUUCGUAGCUAGACUUUUCAGGAUUGUAAAUAUAAGUGCAUCGAGCUUCUCC